UUUUGGCGAUUAAUUGCAGUUGGACGGCCAUCUUCCGAGAAAAAGGGGGCCCCGCGCCCUCUCCUAUUGGCUGGGGGCCUUUAUUCGGGCUGGAAGUAUACAUCCGUCCCUCCAAUCACCGCGCCCGACGCACACCGGUUGAUGAUCAACCGGGGAACUAUGUCUCGAGGCAUCCUCUGCCCGUUGGAGUUUUUCCAUCGUCAUGCCUAUUCCGGGCGUGAAUGGAUGCCUGAUGAGGCAGGAGGUUUUGUCGUUGCGAUUUCUAAUGUCCGGAGUUCUGGACUUUACAAGUACCUCCGCAAGUAUAAUUAUACAUAA